AUGACUCUGUUCAACUGUGUGUCUGAGUGUAUAUUGACUCAAGGCUGGGGUCCCAAGGGGCAAGGUAGUCAAGUAAAUGGAAUUUACUCAUUUAAGUCUACUGAUUUUGUUUCGGAUGACAAGUGGGAGACUAUUGAAAAGGAGCCUGCUGCCGAUGUUGGUUCAUCAGGUGCUACUGCCGAUGUUGUUUCAGCAAGGCCUGCUGCUAAUGUUGGUUCAACAGGGCCUACUGCUGAUGUUGGUUUAGCAGGGCCUGCUGCUGAUGUUGGUUCAUCAGAGGUAUUAGUUGGUACUAAAGUUAAAGGUAAAAAGGUUGAAAAAGGAUUGAAAGAAAAACAAAAGAUUAAGCUGGAGGAGACGAAAUCCAGCAACGAAGGGGAAGAUUUGAAGUCUCAUGUUUAUGGGACAUUACAUAGUCGGAUGUCCCCUUCAUCCAUCGUUCGAGUUAUUGAAAAAUGUUCAGAAAAUCAGUUGAAAGCUAUUAGAGCAAUAGGAUUCGGGUCUAUGGAGUUCUUGAAGAGAUAAGAGAGUGAUUCAGCAAUGGAAGAAGCAAUUCAAAAGCAACUCACUCUCUAUCAAAAUAGGGGAGCUGAAAGAGUUUCUGAAAGAGCAUAACUCAGAUGGUCUUAUGUUCAAAAGGAACUUUGUAGUGCUAUGCGUUUCUACAUUGAUGGAUGGUAAACUUUUUAUUUUUAUUUUGCUUAUUUUUAGUUAUAGUUAGCACUUAGCAGUUGUGUGCUAUAUAUAGCAAUUAUAUUAUCUAAGUUGUUGGUCAUAUAUGUAUAGAAUCAGUUACUUGAAACUAUACAUCAUUAGAUAAAGACU